UGGCUGACAGGCGUUGCGCGUGUGUGCGUGCGUGUGUGUUUCUCGAAAAUGGUGGAUGAGCAAUUGUGAAAUUGACAAGUGGACUUUUGGCUGGAUUUUUGCACAGUAGAAGACAUCUGAAAUAGCGGAAAAGUGCAUAAAACAACCAAGUGGAGUAUGUUAAUCACGUUAUGAUAGUUGGCCAUGCGAUAUAUGCCCAUGCUUGAGCGGAAUUUGUGCAUUUUCUCGGGGCUGUGCGCUGAGCAGAUUGUUUGAGAGGCAUUGUUCGACUGCCCAAACCAAAAAACCAACCUGACAUCUUGGAAAAUCCACACAACAAAAGAGAAGGACUUGUCCAGCAUCGCAGUUUCUCGCGGAAAUGGAGCUCAGAGUGGGCAACAAGUAUCGCCUGGGACGGAAGAUCGGCUCGGGAUCCUUUGGGGACAUCUAUUUAGGCACGACGAUCUCAACGGGCGAGGAAGUGGCCAUCAAGCUAGAAUGCAUCCGCACGAAGCACCCGCAACUGCACAUAGAGAGCAAAUUCUACAGAAUCAUGCAAGGCGGAGUUGGCAUACCGCGGAUUAAAUGGUGUGGCUCCGAGGGCGAUUACAACGUGAUGGUGAUGGAACUUUUGGGACCAUCGCUUGAGGAUCUCUUCAAUUUCUGCUCGCGGAGAUUCACUCUGAAGACGGUUCUGUUGCUCGCUGAUCAAAUGAUAUCGCGCAUUGAUUACAUCCACUCGAGGGACUUCAUUCAUCGUGACAUCAAGCCGGACAACUUCCUCAUGGGCCUGGGCAAGAAGGGUAACUUAGUGUAUAUCAUCGAUUUUGGCUUGGCAAAGAAGUACCGUGACACACGUACACAGCGACAUAUACCGUACAGAGAGAACAAGAAUUUGACUGGAACUGCCCGCUAUGCGUCGAUAAAUACGCAUUUGGGCAUCGAGCAGUCGAGGCGCGAUGAUCUGGAGUCGCUGGGAUAUGUUCUCAUGUACUUCAACUUGGGUACAUUGCCGUGGCAGGGACUGAAGGCGGCCAACAAGCGACAGAAGUACGAGAGGAUUUCGGAGAAGAAGCUCUCGACGCCAAUUGAGGAAUUGUGCAAGGGAUUCCCUGCUGAAUUUCCCACCUAUCUCACAUACUGCCGACAAUUGCACUUUGAACAGAGGCCCGACUAUUGCUAUCUGCGGAAACUCUUUAGGACACUAUUCCAUAGGCAAGGAUUCACCUAUGAUUACGUCUUCGAUUGGAACAUGCUGAAGUUUGGCGGCUCACGCAGCACGGCCGGGCCCAAUGAGGAGAUCGAGGGCGGCGGCGGCGGAGCGAAACGCACCCAAAUGACCACCAACACAAUGGAGGAGCCGACAAAUUCCUCGCGACCAUAUGACACGCCCGAACGGAGAUCGUCGAUACGUAUUCGUGGGCAGAGUGUCGUGAAUGACAUGCGGAAUGUGAAAUAGUUUUCGUAAGGAAUACAAAAGGAAGGCACUGAGGGAAAAAUCAGAGAGGAUGCAUAAUUACUAAACGCGAGGGAUGAUAAGGAAAAAUUACACAUUUAAGGAGGAUGAGAGAGAAGAUAUGGAAUAACAAUUAUUAUCCAUAUUAACUACUAUUAUUAAAUCAAUAUUCUGAUAAAUGAUGAUGUGAGCGACAACAUGAGAGCUGGGCAAAGAUUUUUUAGUAUGAGGGUCCGUUUAGUCCCUCGGCCCUAAGACUUAAAAAUACCUUAUAAUUAACUGUAAUUGAAGAGAGAAUUUGGUGAAUUAGGAAGGACAGCAACGUGCGAGUGUUAUUUUCAAAAGAAAUAAAUUAUUCAUUAACAAAAGAUAAUCGCUAAAGUGCGAAGCAAACUGCUAAGCUCUCGGGAGAAUGAAGGAGAAGAAGAGAAAAACCCUCUAAAUACUUUAAAAUGAAUGGUAAGGGAUUAAAAAUAUCAUAAAGUGAAACAUUUUUAAGUGUAUAUUUGAUAAAUCACGUUAAAAUUAAAAAUUAAACCUAUAAUGAAAUUAUUUAGGAAGUGAUUAAUUGAUAAAUGUAAAAUGGAAUUUAAUAAUGGAGAAAAAUACGAGAAUUAGGUAAAAAGAAAUCUUUGGUAAAUGUGUGAAAUGAGAAGAGGUAAUAAAACAUCCAAUAAUCCAGCCACGCGUCUUUCUAAAGAUGAAAUUACUAUAAAUCAAUUUAACUGAAACAAAAACAUGAUGAAGAGGCAAAUCAUAACAUUUUUAGAAAUAGCUGUCUUUUUGAAAACAAAUACAGAAGAUUCAUGAUUAAAAACGAAUAUAAAAAGCUGCAUUUUAGCGUGUAAAAGAAGUAAAUUAUGGAUAUAAUAGUGAUGGAGCAGAAAGCAAGAGGAUGUAUAAUAAUAUUGUACACUGACAUGAAACUCUUGUUUUUGUCGUCAAAACUUAUAUAUUUCUUGUUUUUCCAUUUCUUGUAACAUUGAUGCAUAUUUGUGACAAAGAGUUUGUAAAACGGGAUAACAAAAUACAACUGGAAAUAAUCAAGAAUUUAUUGAAUAAUCCACUGAAUUUCAUGUUGUUUCAUAGUGACAUUGUAACUAUAUUAUGGAGAAGAGAAAAAAGUGGUAAAUGAAAGUCUUGUAAUAUUUCAUACUUUACUCAUAUUUGAUAUAUAGGCGUAAUAUAGUGGAAACAAUGAGCGCGUGGGGAUGAAUUUAGGCACUUUUGCAGUGGGAGGGCAAUUUGCAAGGCUCCGCCUACUCACAAGCCACGCCCAUCGAGAGGUGGAGCACUGUGAAUUGACGUUUCGCAGAAGAGCCUGAGUUUUGUGUGAACCUCUGGCGAAAUUGGGGGGAAAAUCGGUGCGAAUGUGCUUUAGAGGGGAGCGUCUGGCACCACGAGUGCGACGCCAGCGUAUGUGGCCAGCGCGUCGGGAGCUUCUGCGUCCGCCGUGGCGACUGCAAUCCUGCCGAGAGCGCGCUCCCGGUUGGAGUUGGCGUACAGUGGAAUGGGGAUUCCGGCUGAAGCACCACCUGUUGCCGCCUCGCUCGUGUACGUGAUGCGAAAGUGUGGCGUGCGAGUGUCGUCGGUGCGUCUAGACGCGAACGCCAGGCGGCCACCUCGCAGGGCGGCGCCAUCGAUUAGCAGGGGUGCCACGGAGACGCUGGGCUCCUCCAGAGUCUCGCCUACAUCGAAGGUCGCGUGGAAGGUGAGGUGACACGUGGACGUGGAGCGCUUGCGUGCUGUGGCGAGCUUCAAACUGGCCAGGAAGCUCUCCAAGCUGAACACCGUCGCGAAGUCAAUCGCUUCUGGCCAACCGGAUGCGGCGCCGCGUGCUUGCAUGCGCCUCUCGGCCUCGUGAGCACGCACGGACACGGCUUUCAUGUACUCAGUGGCCAGACGAGGUCCUAACCAAAGCUUGCGCCACUGCAGCGGCACUUGAUUCUCGCAGAGGAUCUGCAGAGCUGCUCUCUCGGACGGAGACAUUUCGGUGCCCGACUCUCUGAUGGAGUUAUGCAGAUUUGUCAGCAUUCCGUGAAUCGUCUGUCAAAGGAACACAAAGUUAGAGUUCACAUUCGCUCGAUUUUCCCUCUCAGACCAGCGAUUGGGUGGGAAUAUUGACUCUGAGGAGAUCCAUUCGCCAUUCUAGUGAUCAACUCUUCGGGCUAGACAACGACAUUCGAAAAGAUUACCCCAAUUCUCCGUACAGUGUCGAAAUUCCCACUCGAACAUCGCGUGUAAACGUUAUUAUAAUGGAAAAGAAACUCCUAAUUCUCAAGUGUGACACACAAAUCAUUGAUUUACUGUGAAGAAGGAGACGCUGACUGGUAGAAACGUUGAGGUUUAGUAAUUCUUUUUGGUUAGACUACCACGGAUAGGGUAAUAGGGGGAAUUUGUGAGGAGAUCCCUUUGGAUUUCGUCUAUCAGGAAAGCCUAUAUUCUAAAUUGUUCAUGCAAUUUGACCAGAAAUUGCAAUUGUCGAUUUACGUUUAAGAAUAUAAUUUGUCCUAGAACAUACGUUUCGGAUUUAAAUUAGGAUCUUAUGAUGAUUUAUGAUUGGGAAAAACUUUGAGAAAAGUUGCGAUGUGUUUACUGUGCAAAUACAACAGGAUAGAGAGAUGAAAGAAAAAAAACUAUGGUUAAUGAUUUUAUUUUACGAGAUGAAAAA